AUGUGUGGCCACCUUGGUAUCGACCAAAGUCAUGGGUUGGACUCCGAUGGCGAUACUCCAAUGUUGGAAGCUUGCACUGCGGAGACGAUUGAUAUGAAUGCCGACAUCGAUAUGUACGAUGUCGACGACAUACCUUCCGACCGAGGAGGGAACCUGGCAAUCGAGGAUAUACUACGUGGGAAGUCUGGCUCUAGCCAGCGAUAUAUUACAACGACACCUACGAGCCGCACUUCGGCCAUCAUCGAAACGAAGGACACUGGGCCCCUUCCCGAGCGAACGGAAGGAAAGAACAUGCACGAGGUCUACAGCUGCUGGGCAGCUUUACCCUGA